ACGACAUGCAACCAUGGAGAACGGCCAUUGCACGAAAUCAAGAAGAAGGGCCGUCCAUCCACGCAAUGCCUUCACUGUAAAGAGUUGCGUAAGGCCAAGCAAGUGAGCGUCCGUUGCAUUUGUGGCAAGGAGGAAGGUACAGAAGUGGACAAAUAUCUUUUCUGGCGCACAUCCAAGGCAUUAUACUGAUAUGCUGUUGACCGACCAUAUUAUGAUCUUUCUUUUAUCCCACAAUGCAAUGCAAUGGUCUUUAUUUAGGGCCCUCAGUGUUGGCCAAUGGACUGAAGCGCACCAAGUCCCUUUCGCAAGAUGGACGUGCCCUCGCCCCUGCAGAUCUUGGCGGCGAGGAUAUUCUGCGCUCUCUUUCGACUGAAGACGUUAGAACAAUGGAAUCGGCUGAGAAUGUCUCAUCAAGUGGAGACGUUUAUUCAUGCGGAUGUCUCGAGGGCGCUGUCUGCACUUGCUGCCGUGAUCGUUCGGGACACGUUGUCACGAAACCAAACAAAAUCUCGUCUUCGGCACAGCAUGCGGUGUUCAAGAACUAUGCGCUUAAACAUCAACGCGGAGCUGCUUCGCUCGACCUUGGCAAGCCCGGUGUACAGCUCUAUCCACGAGAUGCUUCCCCCUUAGCUCUUUCUCCACAGGUGCGAGGCAUACGGGCGGUGCAGAGUCCCAAUGGAAGCGUGAGCUCUGACUCGAGUCUCGGUAUCAAUGGGACAUUUAGCGACAUGGGUAUAUCAAGCAAUGGAUCAUCGUCGCAGUAUGCGCAUGUGCUCAACUCAGGAUCCUCAGGAGCUGAUUAUUCGCCCUUAAGCAACCAGCAGAGUCUGAUGCAGUCCCAGUUGUGCUUCGACAAUGCGACCUCAUCGGACUAUGACAGCGACCAGUACAACCCUCCAGGCUCAUAUCCGUUUUUUCCACAAAGUGUGCCUACGUACGCUGUGAGUAACGCAUCGGACGACCUUGGUGAACGAGACCCUACCUUAUUCCAGGACACAUCAGCGAAGCGGCCUACGCCCAUGAAUACCCUAUCGUCUGAGGAUGUGGGGUCACUCUACAGUGCCAUGUCCAAUUUCACUACAGCUUCUCCGCCCAUGCCAAUGCAGCCUAAUACAGAAACGGCUAUAUCUUCAACAUCGACUGCCAAAAAAUCGUGCUGCAAACCAGCGGACAGUACUUCCUCGCCGGCAUCCUCGAUCCCGUCCCAAUCUCCCUGUGAUCGACAAGGCGAUGAAGCUCACGACGAGGUGGAGAUGGCCGGUUGUGGCUGUGCCGUUUCUGCCAGCAUGUGCUGUUGCGGAGAGCUUUGCGCCUGUCCUGGAUGUCUUGCCUACCCGAACAACCAAAAUAUUCUCCAGUCGGCGUUCCCACCAGAAAUGUUCCCCAGCUCUGGACUUGGCAACAACAAUGGAAAUGCGGUCAACAUCAGUACUCCCAAUAGCAAUGACGAUAUGACCCAGGCAUCUGCGAUGGACACCGUCCCCAAAAAGGGAUCUUGCUGCGGUUCCAGUAAGAUCAACGCCAUCAACUCAGCUAACAUGGAGAUUCCCUCUGACCAGACCGCUAAUAAUGGCGCUUCAGCCCUUAACUUGAGUCAAGCAUUGAGUCUCAUCGAGGCAAGCAGUCAGAGUGCGUCGACCAUGAUUGACAACGAUGCCCGACAGGCCCUGCGGCAGGGAUUGAGUAUGAUGGGCCAGGCGGGCAUGGAGUCCGUCAAGUUACAGCAUCCAACUUUGCUUGGCGACAACGGCAUCUUGAUUUGCGGCUGUGGUUGCGGACGUCCUACGGUCGAUUGUGCAGACUGCUUUCGGGACAUGUGUGAGUUUGUCGGCGAAUCUCAGGCGAGGAUGAUGAAGGAGGAACUCGAGUAUGAGAUGGCCAUGAACCGGGAAGGUGGAUAUUUGGCGGACCUGGGACUCAAUAUGAACAUGUCCAUGGCCAUGAAUAUGAGCCUGAACAUGAAUAUGGAUAUGAUCAUGGACAUGAAUAUGGACCUGAACGAUAUCGGGAUGAACCAAGACAAUCCACAGGUUAAUGACCUUGGACUUACUUCGAACUCGGAGAUACAGGGCUCCACGGACGAGUCGUCGACAUUCGGUCAAGACCAACAACAACAACAACAACAACAACAACAACAACAACAGGAACAGCAACUACAGCAGCACCAACGACAGCAAUUCCAACAGCUGCAAGUACAACCACAGCAAACACAAUCACACUCUUCGUUGAACCUACCUCAAUACCAAGACCAAUUCUUAGAUCAACAUCAAGAAAAUCAGGGCUACAAUAAUCAACAUCAGGGGCAGCAACAGCAACAGCAGCAACAGCAACAGCAACAUCAGCAACAUAAUCGUGCACUCUUGGAACAAGAACAGCGCUUGAGACUACAGCUGAUGGAACAAGAACAGAUGCAGCUUUCUCAACUGCAGCCUUCCGCUCUGAGCCAGCUCCAACUGGAUUUUCUGGAUGACGAGGACUGGAGCUUUGUGGACGAGAUCAGGAUUGAUGUCCCUGGUCCUAAAUUGACAGCAGAUCGCAAGGCAUGACCCCUCUCGCCUCUUGCGGAAGAUCGACUCACUUUGCAUUCGGCAUCAUAACGAUAUACCUACAAUCUUCAUAGAAUAAAACUGUUUUAGCAUUCACAUCGACGUUUGUUAUCUACUUCAUA